AUGGCGCGCUUUGAAGAACUCCCCACCGAGAUGAUGGACGCGAUUGUUGAGUACCUGGAAAACAGUGAGCUUUUACCUCUCCUAUCGUGUAGCUCUGCGCUAUGGAGCUAUACGUUAGCUGAACUCGACCGACGCGAGAACGGAAAGGACACGGCGAUGCGCUGGGCUUGUUUAAACGGUCACCUUUCUCUCAUUCACUCCCUGAUAUCGCACGGUGCCUCAGCAAGUACGAUAGAGGUCGAGUGGGAAUCGAAACUUCUGACUCUAUAUCUGGCCGCCACGAAGAAGCAGGUGCGGGCCUUCCAACUACUGAUUCAACUAGGGGCACGGAUCGAUUGCCCAGAUUUGGACAAAAAGGCACAUGGCAAGCUUGUGGACCGAAUUUGCGACCCUGUUGACGACUGGGCCCUCUUAAGACUUUUCUACAAACAUGGACUUCAUACUCAGAUAUGUAUUUUUCACUACCCGCAACUGGAGCGUGUUAUCCGUCGCCAUGGAUCUGCUACACCAAGUGGUCCUGUACGGAUGCUCUUGGACCAAGGAAUAAGUCCGGACGAACGUCAUGCUCGAUAUGGGCACAUCCCCGUAACGCCCCUGGCUACGGCCGUUCGCAUGAAAAAUCGUUCAACUGUCGACUUAUUGGUGCGCCACGGCGCUCAUAUCGAUGGGCCUAAUCUCACCCACCCUGUGAGAAGACCCUGGCCAAUUCCAAUCUUCGUUGCCGCCGAGGAAAUAUCCAAAGAUGGCUUCGAAUCGAUCCAAAUCUGUCUUAAAAAUGGUGCGGAUAUUAAUCGUUGCGCAUGGGAAAGAAUUAAGGGAGAUUUCUGCUAUUUGAUUGUACCUGAUCACUAUCUCACCCCUUUUUUGGUAUAUCUGGAUUCAAUCUCAGAUUGGGACACUCAGAAAUCGAAGGUAGAACCGGUUCAGGCAAUAGGCUUUCUGAUAGAUCAGGGAGCUCGGGUAGAACAGCCAUUAAACCCACCCAUCGAAGGCCGAGUUCACGAUAACAGGCUGAGUUUUACGCAAUGGGGUUUCGAAUUCCUUCUAAGGAAAUGGGGACCAACAGCCCUACGUGACUACGGCGGGUUUCGUACAACGGUAUACUUUCUUUUGCAGAAAGCAGUCGAGAACGGGACUUUAGGCGAAUCGCUAGCUCGUUAUGACUACCCCAUUCAUACGUGGGGGAGGGUAGAGAGGAACGAUGGGGUUCCAGCCAUAUGGCAAGACCUACUGACAUACCUUCUUGAAGUUCAACAAGUGGAUCCAACUACCCUGCUGUAUCAGUACAUCCUCCACAAAGGAAGACUUACGGAAUGGCCGAGUGAUAUUGCCCGGCUUACCAUCAACCGUCUGUUGGCGGCAGGGGGAAAUAUCCACGCUCGAUUACAGCCCGAUGGCCCUACGGUACUGGAGGAAUUAUGCAGAACGUAUAAUCAUCAUGAACAUGGAGGUCGGCAGACCCGUCGGGUAUUCGACCGCGAAUCGUAUUAUUGUCGCCGAGAGUUUGUUGGGUUCCUGAUUAGCAAAGGUAUUACCGAAGGACCUGUCAGUGUUGCACAUGAUCUGCUCCUGUUUGACUGGAAGAAAAUGAAAGGAGACAGUAUUCAACGCAUUUGGCGCUUGGCCGGGACUUUAGGGAAAAAAGAUGAGCGUUGGUAA